AAAUAGAAAUACUGAAAAAUGUGAGUUAAUAUAUAGAAAUUGCAAUCUCUAAAAUGAAAAAGAGAAAAAUGCACCAAUGGAAACAUACAUCAUAAUAUACAUAAGCCGAAGACACAAACAGAAAAAGGAAAAAAAAAAAAGCAAGUGGGAGGAGCUGGGAUUUUGAGCUGAGGAGACCAAAUUGCCCCACUUGAGGUCUCUCUCUCCCAUGGCUUCUUUUCUCUCUCUGGCUUAAGAAUUGAAUCAGUAAGCUCCACCAUUCUCGCCGUCUUCUUGCGUUUUCUCACCUCUGAUUCUCUCACUUCAAUUUCUCAAGAUCCAUGAAUCGUGGGGGAAGAAAUGAAGAUUUUCGUUGGAAGCUUUUGAUCUCUUGAUGUAUACAGUAUACUUGUCCAGAUACAUAGCACUAUUUUUUCCACACGUGCCUACCAUUUUCAAACUCCACCAGCUGUUAUCACAAAGAACCUUCUACAGUCUUGUGACUUCGACCGCCGCUUCGAACGCCCGUACAUGAGCAGAAAUCAAAUAUUUUGACUUGGUUAAGAGAACUUUCACAAGCUAUAGGUGCUAUUUAAAAGGUUAUACAAAACCAUAAGAAUCCGAGAUCCGAUAGUUUUUUUUCUGAUUACUUUGGGAAUCGAAGUCCCGUAUGGCUGUUGUCAAGAGCAACAACUAUACUUCGUCCUCGUUUCGUUCUUGCAGUUGUUACGGAGGUCCUAGCUUAAGAGACAGUAUUCUAGAUGCAAAUAAAACAGGGACACUAUCCGACAAAUACGUUCUUGGAGAACAGUUGGGCUGGGGACAAUUCGGUGUUAUAAGAGAGUGCAUCGAUAAAGUCAGCGGCGAAAUUCUAGCUUGCAAAUCUAUUGCCAAAGAUAGAUUAGUCACUCAAGAAGAUGUGCGCAGUAUCAAACUCGAGAUCGAAAUCAUGACUAGGUUGUCUGGGCACCCUAAUGUAGUCGAUCUAAAAGCUGUCUACGAGGAGGAAGAUUACGUUCAUCUAGUGAUGGAGCUUUGUGCUGGAGGCGAGCUUUUCCACAAGCUGGAAAAGCACGGAAGGUUCUCCGAGCCCGAGGCUCGGGAAUUUUUCAGACACCUCAUGCGAGUGGUGAUGUAUUGUCAUGACAAGGGUGUUGUUCAUAGAGAUUUGAAGCCCGAAAAUAUACUCUUCUCCACAAAAUCAUCUUCUUCCCCGAUAAAGUUGGCUGAUUUUGGCCUAGCAACCUACAUCAAGCCUGGACAGUGUUUACAUGGUACAGUUGGCAGUCCAUUCUAUAUAGCUCCAGAGGUUCUUGCAGGAGGGUAUGAUCAAGCUGCUGAUGUAUGGAGUGCCGGUGUGAUACUUUACAUUCUUCUAAGUGGGAUACCCCCAUUUUGGGGGAAAACUAAAUCCAAGAUAUUUGAUGCUGUUAGGGCUUCAGACUUACGAUUUCCGUCUAAUCACUGGAGUUUUAUAUCGGAUUCAGCUAAGGAAUUGAUAAAGGGGAUGCUUUGUAAAGACACUUCUAGAAGGCUUACACCUCAGCAGGUUCUAGAUCACACCUGGGUGAAGAACAUGGCGCCACUUCCCGAUGAACCACGUAAAAGUGGUGAACGAAUUUGUGAACUUGAUUUGGGGCAGAGUUUUUUGCCCCCUUCUGUAAUGGCAAGGAAUCAGGAUAUUAGUUUCGGAAUGGGAUCACACAUAGAUUGUGAGGUUCAAUCACCAGCGUUCACGUGCAAAUCGUCAUUUUCUUCUCUACCGUCGGAUCUGAUGUCGCCUUCUUCACUCGGGUUUUCUUUCCAUAGUAAUGCCGAAUCAAAUAGCCUCGAGUUUUCCACCCCCGUCAUUGCACUACCGAGCUUUGCCUUCAUUAGUUCAAGCUCUGUGGUUGAACAAAUUUUGUCUAGAGAGGAUGAGGUGGACGUGAAAAUAGUCGAGGGUAGAAAGGUUGGGGUUAGAAUGGUGGGGUCCCACAGCAGGAGGAACCACACGAUUGGGUUGGGUGAAUUUGAACAGAUUGAUCUUGUGGUGACUGAAUCAGUUAUUCGAUGGGCUUCGUGUACUCAUCUUCCAACUGCUACCUCGUUUAGGUCUUCACUUGUUUUCUGAAAAGAGAAAAAAAACAAAAAAAAGAUUGCAGCAAACUAACAGUUGGAUCGGCUUGCUUUAACCUUAUGAUGAUUGGACCGGAUUCUGGUACAAAAAGAAAAUUGAAGGAUCAUCGGUACAUUGGUGGUUUCAUGAGUAAUGUUUCUGUUUUCCGAUAAUGAGCCAUUAUGCAUGCGUGUAUAGAAUUUGAUCUAUCUAGAGUUUCUUUUUUUUUUCUUUUUUUUUUAACGGUUCUUGUUAGUUGUCUGAAUUCGUGCUUGUUUGUAUCCCUCUUUACGCCGAGUGGUAUCAAUUUGCAGCUUCAUAUGUAAUGUGUAUUGGACUCUUGUUUCAUUCAUUUUCAGUGAAAUUAGUGGAUGAUUUAGUCCACAUGAUUUAACUUU